AUGACGAAGAAAUCCUCCGAUGUGCCAGGGAAUUGGAUACUCGGAGGCUGCAAGUAUCCUAAGACUCUUUUCGAUGACAAUUGUGAAGACGACCACAAUGUUCGUACUAAGAACCGCAACAGAAGAAAAAAAGCUGCUACUUUAUCCGACAUCGAUCAAUUCUUGAUCGAGAAUUUCAAAUCGUUGUAUCUCGGGGAUGGCGAACUUCAAGGAGACGAUGAAGAAUCAGUUGAUUUGUCCAAGAAAAAAAAGAAUUUGGACCAUAAACGAUCGUCCAAACGUGUUUUUGUUGAUGGAGGGUCGUCUAGUUCAAGGGUAGAAGAGUCUAGGACUAGCGAAACCAUUUCGUGGGAUGAGUUUGGUUCAUUUAGUUCGGUUACAUCCGAAGCAAGUAAUGAAGUUAAAGAAGAGAUUAAAGAGAUAAGUCCCGAUGAAUUCAUCGCAGUGUUCACUUAUUCGACGUGUCCACACGAUGAAUUUAGGGUAUCCAUGAAGGCGAUGGUGGACGCGAGGCUGAGGCAGGAUGGGAAAGUCGUGGAUUGGAAAUUCAUGGAGGAGUUGUUGUUCUGUUAUUUAAAUCUAAACGACAAGAAGUCGUACAAAUAUAUUCUUAAUGCGUUUGUGGACUUGAUCGCUGUGCUUCGUGAGGAUCCUGGUAAGACGGCAUUGGGAUAA